AUGGAAUCUAAUAAAAAAUUCACGAAUUCGUUGGCGCUCUCUGUAUUCUUGACGUGUUUAGGAUCAUCCUUUACAAUUGGUUACAAUUUAGGAAUAUUAAAUUUGCCAGGAGAGCAUAUUAAAGAGUUUUUAUCUCAAACUAUGUUGGGUAAAAAUGCAAGUGUAGCUGAAGAUACAACAAAUCUUGUGACACCAAGUUUUUUAUAUGCUCAAGUUAGCACAGCUUUUGUAAUAGCUGGUGCAAUUGGAGCUUUCAGUUGUGGUGCUAUAGCUGAUUGCUUAGGAAGACGUAAUGGUCUAAUAGUAAACAGUUUAUUUGCAAUCGUUGGAGGAAUAAUGGUUGGUCCAUGUGUAGCAUAUAGUAAACCUGCAUUACUAUUUGUCGGACGUGUUUUAAAUGGAUUUAAUUUUGGAAUAUCAAUGGGAAUAGCACCAAUGUAUUUAACAGAAAUAGCACCCAUAUCUCUUCGUGGUGGAAUUGGUUCAUUACAUCAGCUUGCUUUAACUAUCGGGAUACUUGUAUCCUACUUAGCAACAUUAACAUACACAUUAAAUUCAUCAACUUUGUGGCCCAUAUCUGUCGCUGUUGGAUCAAUUCCUGCAUUCAUUGCAUUAAUUCUUCUACCUUAUUGUCCUGAGAGUCCACGUUUUUUAUUUAUGAAAAAAGGAAAAGAAGAACAAGCACGUAAAGCUUUUCAGCGACUUAAUUGUAAAGAUAAUAUCGAUGAAACAUUUGAUGAAAUGAAAAGAGAAAUGAAUGAAGCUGAAAAACGAACAAAAUUCAAAUUUUCCAAACUUUUCACUCAAAAAGAUUUACGUAUGCCAGUAUUAAUUGCUUGUAUCAUACAAGUAUUUCAACAACUUUCUGGAAUUAAUGCUGUAAUCACUUAUUCUUCCACAAUGCUUAAAACUGCUGGAAUUCCAUUGAUGUAUAUUCAGUUUUGCGUAGUUGCUGUCGGAGCAAUUAAUGUGUUAAUGACUGUACUUUCGGUAUAUUUAAUUGAACGUGCCGGACGUAGAACUCUUCUUUUAUGGCCAGCAGUACUUCUUGCUUUUUCAUUAUUAUUUUUAACAAUUUCAGUGAAUGUAGCAAGUUCAACAACAGAUCCAUCAACAGCUCGAACAGCUGGAAUCACUUCAGCCGCUCUUAUAAUUCUAUAUGUUUGUGGUUUUGCUUUAGGUUUAGGUCCAAUUCCCGGUGUAAUUGUUGCUGAAAUAUUUAGACAAGAACCAAGAGCUGCAGCCUAUUCUCUAAGUCAAGGAGUUAACUUAUUAUGCAAUUUAUUGGUGUUAUUCAGUUAUCCAAGUAUUAAUGAUGCAAUUGGUGGUUAUUCAUUUCUACCAUUUUUAGUUAUAGUUAUUGUCUGUUGGAUAUUCUUUUAUGCAUAUAUGAUUGAAACAAAGAACCGUACAUGUGAUAGUAAUGCAAGAGAUUUAGCUUCACCGAAAAUUGUCGCUUGUCAGCGACCAACAAGAUUAAGUUAUAAAAAUGAAGAACCAUUUUAUUCAGAUGAAUAAAAUAAAUUUAUUAAAUAAAAAAAAACAACUGAUUCACUUCACACACACACACAUAUUCUCCCACCACCCACCAAAAGAAAAGAAAUUGACAAUUUUUUCAGAUUGAUUUUUAUUUUAUUAAUCAUUUUAAAACGGUAAUUUUUUGGCUUGUUCAUCGUUGAUUUCUUUCGACAAUAUACGUUUAUUUAUUUAUUUUUGGGGUAAUAAUUCAUUAUUUACAUACUCUACUGCAUUUUCUUAAUCUAUUUCUCUUAAUAAGAUUUAAAUGAAAGCAAAAAUAGUUGAGAUGGUUACACAGUGAUAAAUAAUUUGAAUGCUUCGUUACAUAACAUUGUUUCUACUGUAAAUAAUAACAAUAAUUAUUAUUACAUAAUAAUCAAUUAUUUUUUAAUUUAUAAUCUAUUUCCCCCCCCCCAGAUACACA